UGAACGGAUUUUUUGACUGCGUAGGGUUUUUUAAAGCGAGGGCAACUCGCCGUUUGUCUCCCCCCCACAAAUCUCGUGAAAUACCCAUACACAGCCAAACAUUGCGCAAUCCCAUGGUGCAUCUGUCGACGUACUCGAUAGACAACAUAAAAAGUGUAUAGACGGCACCCGACUUUCUCUUGUCAAGAUGCACCUCCCACCCCAACAUAGCCCACCCUCUCGUCGGUCCGCAGCCAUUUCGGUUCAUGUAUCUUUUGACUUUCUUUGCCCGCUCAUAGCGCAACCCGCAAGGCAGCAUCAUCAUCAUCGUCGCACCGACCGUAGAAAGAGUGGAUUCCUUCAGAGCGAGCCAACAAUAAUACGACGAGGAAGGAAAGGUUCCAUGGUUCUUCUCCGACUUGCCCCAGCUUCUACAAAGGGUCUUUUCCCUCGUCGUAUCUGCAAGACGCAAGCAUCGAAACUCCAUAUCACGCCAAGCCAGAACGCGACCGAGAGACCCUUCCCACUCUUUUCAUCGCCUGCCGCCAAAGUCAAACAUUACCUGUUCGGAUAUGGCUCUCUCAUCAAUCCACAAUCCCGUCUCCGCACUGUGGCAACACCUACAAUUGCUAUACCCGUUCUUGUGCACGGACUGGAACGGAGCUGGUCCUACAACUGCACAAGGAAACAAUAUACCGCCGUCGGUGUCCGUCGCGCUACAAAGUGCGCGCUAUCCGAUGAACCAGCAACCUGCAAUGGUGUCCUGAUUCCCAUCGAAAAUCCCCAUAGCGAACUUCCUAAAUUAGAUGACCGCGAAAGUAACUAUAUCCGCUCGACAAUCUCCUUAUCCGACAUUUCCUUUCUAUACCCUUCCCAGUCUCGCCUCUCAGACAAUGCCAUUGUUUGGGUUUACGAACUCCCACCUACUCCCGCGCCCUUUACGCCGACACCAUGCACUCCUAUACCGCAGUCCUAUGUGGACUGCAUCCUGGCGGGUUGUCUACUGUACGGCACAACAUUUGCUCAUGAAUUUGUGAGAUUGACAAAAGGUUGGGACAGUGGUACGUGGCUGAAUGACCGGCACGCAGCCAUGGAUGUUCAACGAUACGUAAGGAAUAGAGAAUGUGGGGAAACUAUGAGUGUAGAACCUGAUGUGGUGGAUAACAUGUUGCGGGAGAUUGUUCCUAGUGCCUUAUCAAUGAGAGUUGACGUUGCAUAGAGAUAGAAGAUAAUACAAUCACACUAUAUUCUGUCGCAUGA